GUUACCUUAACUCAAGACCAUCAACAAAGGGAAAAUUUCCACUGCGCUAUCGCUAUCCAAAUCCGCGAAAAGGAAAAUUUAAUUUGGAGAAAACUCCCGUCUGUUAAACGUUGAUUUAUGAAGAGUGUUUCGGAAAGUGUAAUUGAAUUAUUUUAUUUCACAAACAGCAUAAUUAAAGUCGGAAUAUUGUAAAUUUAGCGAGUUUCUUUGCGCGAAUAGGGGGGACGCUUUGAUUAAUUGCCUUUCUCGCCGAGAUUCAAUUCGAAACGCGAACAAAACUUUGAAAUUAUUAAUAACAAUUAAAAAUUGCCUUAUCGAGGACCCGCAUUUACAUUUCCUGAAUCAGUGCUAAUGUCAUUGACUCAACCUCCAGUUACUCUUCAAAAAUCUAUCUGGGUUAUUUAAAUGUAGUGAAAUAAUGGCGACCGGCGAACACGAGGAUGUUCUCGAACGCUCCACUUGGAACAAGCCUUUGGAGUUCGUUUUGUCCUGCUUGGGAUACGCCAUUGGCUUAGGAAAUGUGUGGAGGUUUCCUUACUUGUGCUACAGAAACGGUGGUGGUGCCUUUCUCGUGACGUACAUCAUCAUGAUCUUCCUCAUGGGCAUGCCGCUGUUCCUUCUGGAGCUCAUCGUGGGUCAAUACUCCGGCUUGGGCCCGGACCAGGCCUUCACCAACAUCGCUCCGCUCUUCACCGGCCUGGGUUACUGCACUCUGGUUGUGAUCACACUGAUCACUAUUUAUUACAUGGUGAUCAUCGCCUGGACACUCUUUUACUUCUUCGCCUCGUUUACCGGGGAAUUGGGCUUCGGUUCGUGUCACAACGACUUUAAUACGAUGGGCUGUUACAGCGCCACCGAAGACUCGCAGUGUCCCCCGAACUCCACCUACUACAACAAACAAUGCACCCUCGUGGACGAAAUCUGCAAAUCGUACAACUUCGAAGGCGCUUCGAAUCGAACUUUCUGCUACAACUCCACUUCCACCGUCCACAUAAGCCGUGUUAUCAACCGAACUCUCGCCACUUACGAAUACUUCCGUGACUACGUCCUCGCCAUCAACGACUCCACUUGGGACAACUUCGGCGGCCUCCACUGGCAGCUCCUCCUCUGUCUGCUCCUCUCCUGGAUAAUCGGCUAUUUCUGCGUCAUCAAAGGCGUCAAAACCUCCGGCAAGGCCGUCUACUUCACCGCCCUCUUCCCCUACGUUAUUCUGACGGCUUUGGUGGUCCAGGGAGUCAUCCUCGAAGGCGCCAUCGACGGCAUCCUCCUCUACUUGACCCCCAAGUGGGAGAUGCUGUUGAAAGUGGACGUGUGGGCCAAUGCUGCCUCCCAGACUUUCUAUUCUUUUGGCACCGGCUGUGGCUCCUUAGUCACUCUAGCUUCGUACAACAAUUUCAAUAAUAACUGUCUCAAAGACACGUUUAUUGUCACUGCCACGAACAUUUUUACUUCAAUCUAUGCCGGGUUUGCGAUUUUUUCAAUGUUGGGCUUUCUGGCACACCAGAUGGGGGUCCCGGUUGAGGACGUCGCCCAGGAUGGGCCAGGUCUUGCCUUUGUGGCGUACCCUGAGGCUAUUCUGAGGCUACCAGCACCCACAGCAUGGUCCCUUGCCUUUUUCUUUAUGUUGUUUAUUUUGGGUUUAGGGAGCCAGUUUGCUGGGAUUGAAGCCAUAAGGUGUCUUAUCCUCGACAAGUGGCCCAAAUUACGGAAGCACGAAAUUUAUAUCACCUUGGUGAUUUGCUUAUUUUGCUUCAUUCUUGCCAUUCCCAUGUGUUUCAACGGUGGUGUUUAUUUGUUCACUUUGAUGGAGUGGAACACAGCUUCAUGGGCCAUUCUUUUGAUCGGUAUGGGUGAAGUGUGCGUGGUGUCGUGGUGUUAUGGUUGUAACAAAUUUCUGGACAAUAUGGGACAAAUGGAGAUGGUACUGUCAAAACCAGCGCGGUGGUACUGGUGGAUUUGUUGGGUCGUGAUAACGCCACUAACACUUUUGGGCGUAUUUAUUUUUCAAAUGUCUAAUAUGACUCCAGCUACGUACGAGGAUUACGUUUUUCCAUUAUGGGCCGAUUCGUUGGGUUGGAUGAUGGGUUUGUCGACCCUAGUACCAUUUUUUGUACUGAUUGUAGUCACACUUUGGAAACGAGAUUAUACCGGAUGGGAACUUAUCAAACCAACAAACAAAUGGCGACCACAAAUUUUUAAAACGGAAAGUAACUUGACUCUCACCAAAGAGAAACUUUCACGAGACAACUCUAGUACUAGUGUUAAUAAACUGUGAUAGAAUAUUUUAUUUAUUUGACAUUGUACAAUAAAACUGUUUUUAUUUGAAA